AUUCGUAAGAAUUCCCAAGGAAACGAUUUUCAUUUUCUGCAGAUCAUCUUCUGGUUUAGAUUGAAGUAGGCUACAGAGUUUGCAACAAUGCGUGUCUUCUCCUUCUACCAGAGAGUCUCUCGAGCUUUUCAUGACUACCCUUCGUUCUCUAAGCUGAUUGUUAUCUUCACAGUCAGUAGUGGUGGUCUUGUGGCUUAUUCUGAUUCAAAAUCACAUCAUGGUGCAAAUAAUGUUAAUUUAUCUCAAACGGAUUGUAAGAAGAAGAGAGUGGUGGUACUUGGAACUGGUUGGGCCGGGACGAGUUUCUUGAAAAAUCUUGAUAGUUCUGUGUAUGAUGUUCAGGUGGUCUCACAACGUAACUAUUUCGCAUUUACCCCUUUGUUGCCAAGUGUUACAUGUGGGACGGUAGAAGCACGAAGCGUUGUUGAGCCAGUCCGUAAGAUUAUUAGGAAGAAAAAGGAAGAAAUUCGAUUCUGGGAAGCUGAGUGUACCAAGAUUGAUGCAGCAAAAAAGGAAGUUCAUUGUCGGUCUGUUCAAAAAGUGGGUUCAGAUGGGAAAGAAGAAUUUAUUGUGGAGUAUGACUACCUGGUGAUAGCUGUUGGAGCCUGUGCCAACACCUUCAACACUCCUGGUGUUGAGGAAAAUUGCCAUUUCUUGAAGGAAGUAGAAGAUGCUCAAAGGAUCCGUAAAAGUGUGAUUGAUUCUUUUGAAAGGGCCAGCCUUCCUAACUUAAGUGAAGAAGAAAGGAAGAAAGUUCUUCACUUUGUAGUCGUCGGAGGUGGUCCAACAGGUGUGGAAUUUGCUGCUGAGCUUCAUGACUUUGUCAAUGAAGAUUUAGUUAAGUUGUAUCCCAAGGUCAAGGACCUUGUAAAAAUCACACUUCUUGAGGCGGGAGAUCAUAUUUUGAACAUGUUUGAUAAACGAAUCACAGCUUUCGCUGAAGAAAAGUUUGGAAGAGAUGGAAUCGAUGUGAAAACAGGAUCAAUGGUUGUAAAAGUAACUGAUAGUGUCAUCUCUACUAAAGAAAUGAGAAUUGGGGAGAUUUCUUCUGUGCCAUAUGGGAUGGUUGUCUGGUCGACUGGAAUUGGGACUCGCCCUGUCAUUAGGGAGUUUAUGAAUCAAAUCAGUCAGACUAAUAGGCGUGUUUUAGCAACUGAUGAAUGGCUGCGUGUUGAGGGAUGCAAAAGCACAUAUGCACUCGGUGAUUGUGCCACUAUAAAUCAACGUAAAGUCAUGGAGGAUAUUGCAGUGAUAUUUGAUAAAGCGGACAAGGACAAGUCUGGUACUCUAACAGUUCAAGAAGUCCAAGAUGUCAUUAAAGACAUUCAAAUCAGGUACCCUCAGGUGGAACUCUAUUUGAAGAAUAGGCGGAUGAAAAAUAUUGUAGAUCUGUUAAAGGAUUCAAAAGCGGAUGAUGAAAAGAAAUCCCUCGAACUGGAUAUUGAAGAACUGAAGUCAGCUCUUUCCCAAGUGGAUUCCCAGAUGAAGAAUCUUCCUGCAACUGCUCAGGUUGCUGCUCAACAGGGUGCUUACCUUGCUAGGUGUUUUAACCGUAUGGAAGAGUGUGAAGAAAAUCCUGAAGGUCCAAUCAGGUUCAGAGGAGAAGGACGCCAUCGGUUUCAUCCCUUUCGGUAUAAGCAUUUGGGGCAAUUUGCACCCUUGGGAGGAGAACAAACGGCAGCUCAAUUGCCUGGAGAUUGGGUUUCAAUAGGUCACAGCAGCCAGUGGCUUUGGUAUUCUGUGUACGCCAGCAAACAAGUCAGUUGGCGCACAAGGUUUUUGGUCAUAUCUGACUGGACGAGGCGAUUCAUUUUUGGGAGGGACUCGAGUCGCAUCUGAGGCACAAACUUUGAAUGCUUGUAGACUGUUUCCCAGUUCAUACUUUGCUCUACACAUAUGUUUCCUGUAACUUGCUUCUGC